AUGGAUGACGAACGUGAAGAAUAUGCUGUCGAACAGAUUGUUGACAAGCAAAUCGAAAACGGAAACGCCAAGUAUCUCGUAAAAUGGGAAGGUUUCAGCUCUUCUGAAAAUACUUGGGAACCAUUGGAAAGUUUGAAAGAUUCUAUGGACUUGGUCACUGAGUUUGAAAACAAAUGUCGCAAUUCCCGUCGUUCAAAAAGAGUUGUCAAUUACGCUGAAAAGGAAAGUGAUUCGCCAGCUGAUGCAAAGAAUAAUGAUACUGUCUCUGAAAAUGAUGGUGAUGAUGACUACCUAACAGAGGAUGAAGAGGAAAGCGAAAAUGAUGACGUUUACAUAGAGGCAGAAGAAGAAGAUGAUGAUAUGAGUUUAAAAGAGGCUGAUUCUGAUGAGGAGUCAAUUGCUAUGAACAACUCUACCAGUGAUAAGCAAACCGACGCACUUUCAAGCAACUUAGUUGACGCUGAGUUUGCUGGAACAACUCAAUCUGAGGAAACGACUUUAAUAAUUGUCGAAGGGUCAUCAGCUAUGAAAGCAGUCAAAUCUGGCUUGUUUGUACUUGAGAAAAACUUUUUUGGAAUUCUUUCACUUCAAGGCAAGCUAAUCAACGCAAAGGAUUCAACAGACGCAAAAGUGAAGAGCAACAAGUGGAUAAAACUGAUUGUUAACAGUCUAGGAUUGGACUUUAACAAAAAGUACAUUACAAAAAGUCUCGGAAGUAUUCCCUCAUCUGAAGUUAUUGAAUCCUUUGUGAAUUUGAAAAAUCAUUUAAUUAACUUUGAAUAUGGCGGCGCUGAAGACGACAAAACUCUUGACAUGGCAUUCAAUCCUGAAAUGACUGUGGAUCGCAAGAAAUGGAUUGAAAAACAUCAAAACAAUUUAUCGUUUGACAAUGACGGCAAUUCAGAAACGAUUUCGUUUAAAAAGUUUAUCGAUCAUUAUUAUCUGCAGUACUGCAACAUUUUGACACAGCAAAAUUCUCCUUCAGCUGUUGAUGGCCAAACUCAA